CACGGACCACACACUUGAGCACCGAAUAACAAACUGACCCUCACUGACCACUGACCACCGCCCACUGACCACUCUUCUCCGAUCCUCCCAAUAAUACCAAUUAUCACCUGCACCCCAUUCAAGCCUCCUCUGUACUAGUGCCCCCCGGACGCUAUGCCAUCCAUGUGUUUCAUUCUCUUAGCGCCACAACUGCAAUAUCACUCCCUCGUCUCCUCCAUGACUUCACUGUCCUUCUUGUUUUUCUGAUUGAUGACCGGUGCCGUAGAGCGAGCUUGGUGUUCUCUGUGUCUUGCUUCGUUUCGUGCGCUCCCAUGUCGGCCGUUUAGACUUUUUGCACUAUCAUCACUAUAGAUUUCAUGCAUUGUUGGAGCCUGUCAGUCUUGCUUACAUAGCCAGCAUGUUUUCGAAAUUCCGGAGCCGCAGCAACAGCGAGGGGAAGGAGAAGCCUGUCCAUACGGAGAUGGAUGAUUCCAUCUCAAAGCCCAAAUCAAGAUGGAGCAUGGGCAUUCUGAACGACAAGGAGACGGACGAGGUUCCAGGUUCCGUCCUGCUCCUGUCGAACGUCCACCAGAGGAACGAGCCGCUCGGACUCCGUCAUGCUGAGGCUCGCACAUCUGCCUCCUCGAUUCCCUCGCCAUAUCCGGCCUCGAUCAGGACACGAGACCGCAGUAGAGACUCGAGAGCGACGCGUCACUCUGUGCCCGAAGUCAAGAAGACUGCCGACGGUACCAUCAUCCUGGACCCACAGCCAGACGACACGCCCAACGAUCCCCUAAACUGGCCGUCGUGGCGUCGAGACAGCGCCCUGCUCUCCAUCGGCCUGUACUGUAUGUUGGGCGGCGGCGUCACGCCCAUGCUAGCAGCCGGGUUCCCGGACGUUGCGGAGACAUACCACGUGCCGCUUCCUCGCGUCGCGCUGACGACGGGCUUGUGUAUGACGGGUCUCGGCAUCGGCUCGGUCAUCAUGUCCCCGACGGCAAUCAAGUUUGGCAAACGGCCGGUCUAUCUUGCGUCUGCGAUCCUCUUCGCCACGAGUUCGGUCUGGUGCGCCCUCUCGCCAAACUAUGUGUCCCUCCUUAUUGCAAGGAUAGUCCAGGGCAUCUCGGUUAGUCCGGUGGAGUGCCUGCCCUCUGCGACGAUUGCAGAGAUCUUCUUCCUGCAUGAACGGGCGUAUCGCUUGGGGGUGUAUACGCUGUUACUGCUUGGUGGCAAGAACCUGGUUCCGCUCGGUAAGUGCUGGAGAGCGUACCGGUUGGCUUUUACUAAAGCCAUCAAAGUCAGUGCCGCUAUCAUCCAAUCGCUAGGCUGGAGAUGGGUAUUCUGGAUACUCGCCAUGGUCAUCGGGUUCUGCUUCUUUCUCUUAUUCCUCUUUGUGCCCGAAACAUUCUGGGACCGCACGCCGAGAGCGAGAAAACACCAUCGUGGCAAGAAGAAGCCAAGCCGGCUGAGUCUACACAGCAUUGUCCAGUCCCAUCAUACAAAUCCUACUACUCCUGUCCAAUCGCCCGCUGCCGACACGUCCUUUGUCAACUCGCCCAUCAUCCCAUCACCCACAUCACCAACUCACGACAAUGCCAACAUCGGCCUAGACCACGGCAUCACUACCCCCCGCCAACAUAAAAACGUCCACGUAGGCUUCGCAGAAGCCCUACCAACAGACACCACCCAACCCGACCGAGACAUCGAGAAAGCAAACCACCCAAUCCCCGAACCCGCCGCCAUCCACACCACCACCACCACCACCACCGACCCCUCCCACCCCAUCCGCCCCAUCCUCACCCGCGAACCCUCCGUCCUCUCCACCGCAACCACACCCCCACCCCCAAACCACUACACAGACCACUACCGCAGCGCACCCCCGCGCACCUUCAUCGCCUCCCUAGCCCCAUACUCGGGCCGCCUCGCACCGGGAAACUGGUUCCUCAUCGCCCUCCGCCCCUUCAUCCUCUUCGCCUACCCGGCCGUCCUCUGGUCCUCGGCCACCUACGCCCUCUCCGUCGGCUGGCUCGCCCUGCUCUCCGAAUCCGUAAGCCACGUCUACGAGCAGCGCGCAAGCUACAACUUCACCAGCCUCCAAGUCGGCCUCGUCUAUCUCGCGCCCUUCAUCGGGGGUAUUCUCGGCACCGUCGUCGCGGGCCGGCUAUCGGAUGUUGUUGUGCGCUGGAUGAGUCGGCGGAAUGACGGCGUGUAUGAGCCUGAGUUUCGGCUUGUGAUGGCGCUGCCGAUUGCGGUUAGUACGACGGCGGGACUGAUGGGGUUUGGGUGGAGUGCGCAGGAGCGGGAUGCGUGGAUUGUGCCGACGGUGUUUUUUGGGGUGAUUGGGUUUGGGUGUGCGUUGGGGAGCACGACGGCGAUUACGUUUUGUGUGGAUAGUUAUCGGCAGUAUGCGGGGGAGGCGUUGGUGACGUUGAAUUUCUCGAAGAAUAUCUUCCACGGCCUCGUCUUCUCGCUCUUCUUCACCCGCUGGCUCGAUGCUGCUGGUCCGCGCACCGUCUUUCUGGCUACCGGUGGGCUGCAGCUCUUCGUCAUGCUGUGGAGCAUUCCGAUGUAUAUCUACGGUAAGCGUGCGCGCAUGUGGACGGUGCGGCAGAGGAUGAUGGAGAGGUUUUAGGGGUUAAGGGGUUUGGGG